AAAUAAAUAGGCUGGAUAAUUGUUUAGAACCCUCAUCUCAGCCUCACUCAACAAACCCCAAAUGGCAGUUCAAUUUUCAGGGGUUUGCUUACCAAACUCCUUAACCAACAAUUGUUUUCUACAAAAUCAUCCUUUUAAUGGAAAACGCUCACUUGCAGCUUUCGCCUCAACUCAUAUGCAGUCCUCACCCACCAUUCAGAUUGUUGGUGGGAGUCCAACUCAGUAUAGACAAGGAAAUGAUAGCAGAAAGGUUGAGGAUGAUUGGUUUGAUCUGGAGACAGAUCUUCAACACUGGAUUAAGGCACUGCGUCCUGUUCAGUGGUACCCUGGUCACAUAGCAAAAACAGAAAGAGAGCUGAAGGAGCAAAUCAAACUGAUGGAUGUGGUGGUAGAGGUACGGGAUGCCAGAAUUCCUAUGUCAACAAGUCAUCCCCAGAUGGACUUGUGGGUUGGUAAUCGCAAAAGAAUUAUAGUUUUGAACAGAGAAGACAUGAUAUGCACGUCAGACCGAAAUGCCUGGGCAGACCAUUUUGCUAAGCAGGGAAUAAGAGUUGUAUUCUCUAAUGGUCAGCUUGGAAUGGGCAGCAUGAAAUUGAGUCGGCUGGCAAAAUCACUUGCGGAUGAUGUAAAUGUCAAACGACGGGCCAGGGGGUUACUUCCUCGUGCUGUUCGAGCUGGGAUUGUGGGAUAUCCGAAUGUUGGUAAAUCAUCAUUGAUUAAUCGUUUAUUAAAGCGCAGAAUAUGUGCUGCAGCUCCUCGACCUGGCGUUACACGACAGCUUAGGUGGGUUCGGUUCGGGAAGGACCUAGAGUUGUUAGACUCUCCGGGUAUAAUUCCAAUGAGGAUCAGUGAUCAGUCAGCUGCUUUAAAGCUUGCUAUUUGUGAUGAUAUUGGUGAGAGAUCAUAUGAUGUCACUGAUAUUGCGGCAAUACUUGUGCAAAUGCUGGCGAGGAUACCAUCAAUAGGUACAAAGGCUCUUUACAAUCGUUACAGGAUUGAGACAGAUGGACAGACUGGUCAAAUAUUUGUUCACAAGCUUGCUCUCAAAUUAUUCAGCGGGGAUGUCCAUCAGGCUUCAUUUCGCAUCCUUACGGAUUUCAGGAAGGGCAAAUUUGGCUGGUUUGCUCUAGAAAGGCCCCCAAGGUAGAUCACCUGAUGAUACUGAAAGUAAAAUGAUGGAGAAAGUGAUUGGAAAUUGUUCGCGAGCUGCGAGCAUAUAGUUUUUUGUGUAGAAAGAACUCAGUCACAGUUAGUUGGUAAACAUGCUGAGUAACCAUGGAGGCUUGUGCUAUGGAUUUGACAGCUGCUACAACCAGUGGUUUUCUUUGUCAUGGAAUACUAUUCUCUCCAGGUUUUGAAUCUCUUGUAUGUUGCUGUACAGUGUAGCUUUCUUGUAAAUUGUCUGACAAAAUUAUCUGAGAAGUACUCCGUAUAUACUGUUAGAAUUAGACCUAGUGUACCGCAAAAUGGCAUGUUGAGAGCUUAAUGGACAAGAAACAGACAUGUUAAUGUGUUAUACUGUUGUAUACAGACAUAUAAUUAUGUUUCUAAAACUACAGAAUACAGAGCAGUGUUUAAAGUUCA